UAUGCAACCCGCGGUGAUUCCGGGUCGGUUGUCUGGGACAAAGAGGGCCGGCUCGUGGGGCUUUUUUUUACUAGACAGACGCCUCAAGGAUGCUCGGCGAAUGCUCUUGUUUACAUCACACCGAUUCAUGACGUUCUUGAGGACAUGAUCAAGUUCUGCAAAGGAGCGAUCAAGGAAAUUCGUCUUGCGCCUCCGCCGGGCAGCUAG